CGAACGCGAACUCAACGCACUGAUGCCGAACUGUCCGUCAGCUGGACAAAUAUGAGGACUUUAUUCUUGUGUGUGCGUUCGUCGACCCAGGAGCGCGGUGCGGUCGCCUUCUUUCCCAAGUAACUUUCGCUAACAGGUUUGUCAAGUCCAUCACCCUCACAUCAUGUGGUGACCUCCUCGCCAUCGCCGAAUACACCGUGACCAACACUCAAGAAGCGAAAUCGCAGCAGCGCUAUCAUGGCCCACCCUUAUGAGCCUUGGUUACGGACAGCACCAUCUAGUGGCAGCUCUGAUGACAUGAACAUCCCAUCAUGGUGGGACCUCCACAGGGAUGUCCAGUCAGGAAGCUGGCUGGACCUCCAGACCGCACAGGGCAUCCCUUCCGUCAGCCCAGGAAACUCCAUGGGAUUGCAGUCGUCACUGGGACCAUACGGUUCGGACCCACAGCUGUGCUCCCUGCCUCCCGCGCAACACGUUCCGACGUCCCACUCGCCGCACCUCUUCCCCCAGGACGGCUUCAAGAUGGAGCCGCUGGCGCCGGAAAUGCUGCAGCAGGAACCCUUCUCGCUUGAGGAGCCUCAAGAGGCAGUCGCAGCGCGGCCCAAACCUCAGAGGCGGUCUUCCUCCAGAGGGGUGGGGCAGGCGGUGUGUCGCUGCCCAAACUGCGUCCACGCAGAGCAGCUUGGCCAGAGCAGCGACGACAGCCGCCGCAAGCACAUGCACAACUGCCACAUCCCUGGCUGUGGGAAGGCGUACGCCAAGACCUCCCACCUGAAGGCUCACCUACGCUGGCACAGUGGCGACAGGCCAUUUGUUUGCAACUGGCUCUUCUGCGGCAAGAGGUUUACACGCUCAGACGAACUGCAGCGCCACCUACAGACGCACACCGGCGCCAAAAAAUUUAGCUGCGCUUUAUGUCCCAGAGUUUUUAUGCGCAACGAUCACCUGGCCAAACACAUGCGCACGCACGAGUCCCCACCAGGACACGGGGACGAGAGGGUGAAUGGAGAGAAGGGAUUCGAGUCCGCCACGGCGCCCCAGUCCUCCUCGAACAUGGUGGAGACCUCCGAGCCAGUACUGAAGCUCAAAUGUGAGACAGACGCUUCAGUGUCCAGCGUCACCGGACAAUCCGGUUAAUUUCAAGGUCACACAAGCGCAACUGAAUUACUAUGGAAUUAUGAACAACUACUGCGUGUUUAGAGCAUGAGUUGAUCAUGUGUUACGUUAAAUCACACAACAAAACGUCGGCGCUGUAAAACGUGGAGCUGACACUGUAGAUUGAUGCUGAACUUUCACUGCUGCUAGAGCCACUGUAGAGCAAUGUAGAGACAGAGACAUCUCUUCUCUUGUUUACACAGAAAUGCUUUCAAUGUGUCACAGUUUGUCUGGGAUGAAGAACACACUGAAAACAUACAUAGGUUUAAAUGUGGGUGAAAGUUGGGGUGAAAUGAUUUUUUAGAUUGACGAUAGAGAAAGGAGAAUGAUGUCACGGAGGUAAUAAAUAUGAACAUUCCAGCUCUGGUUCAUGCUUACUGAGCUACAGAGUUUUGUCACUUGAUUGGCUUCAUGAGUCACUCAUCUCAUAUAACAAAAAAAAAAAAAAAAAAAAGACUGUGAUGUAACACAAUAAGCCAUCAUCGCAUCAUUUAACUGAAUUUCGUAACAGCAUGAAAAGUACAUGAACUGACACCGUUCAUGCUGAAGCAGGUCCUGAUGUCAUAGCAAGGCAUCAGUCGAUAGCUUCACUUUCUCGACCCCAAGAUGGGAACUUGGAGUCUGCAUGAGGGUUUCACAAAAUGAAGCAUGACAUAACAAUGUUGCAAAAUGCAACGUUACACAACUCAGCAGAACAUGUAACCGUGAUGUGGGAAAUAAUAACAGCGUCGAAAAACAAAAACAGAUCACAGUGCAAUGGAAAUAACAGAAGACGUCACAGUUAUACUUCACAACUAAGCAAAAAUACAGCAAUAAUUCAACCAUCAUUUCAAGGUGGGACCUCUCAGUUUGUGGAAUUGGGCAAAAAACUAUGUACUAUAUGUUAGGGCUGAAAGAUAUAUUGUUAUCAUACAGAUAUUGAGAUAUGAACCUUCAAGCCAUUAAUAUUGUAAAAUCUACAAUGUAGUGUCAUUUUAAUUAUUAUUUUAUUUCAUAAUUUUCCUGCCAGUCCUACAUGCAUUGCUGUGGCAAGAAUAAUUUUUGGGAUUGUUGUUCAAAGUACAACCAACAUCAUUUCCUGCUCGCCGUUGAUCAACAGCUAAAGCCAGUGGCGACUUCCUGCAGCCUUUUUGUAUCAUAAUGUUUUUAUUUAUCUAAAAUAAAACAAUGUGGUUUUUGCUAAGCCCAUAGUCAGGUAUGAAUAUGACAAUAUCUGCCAAGAAUAUUGUGAUGUGAAAUUCUGUGUGAAUCAUUCAGCCCUGCUAUUUACACUACAUCUAUUUAAAGCCCUGUCAACCAUAAUAUCCAGCAGGUUAGCUGGGCUGUUAAUUUAAUUUAGAAUUAGCAAAUCUAUUUAUGGAGAAUUGUUACACACACAUAAAUACCAUUGUGAAGUUGUGGGUCCACAUUUUCCAAACCCAAGCAACUACACUACAAUGACUACAAAGUGCUCUUUUUUUCUGGUGUUUUAUGCAAAUUCUGUGCAGCUGAUGUAUCGUUCACGGUCGGCAGGAUUUGCAACAUUUCUUAGCUUAGUCAGACAUGACAUAACAUGGACUACAAGUUCGGGAGUCCUCAUCAAUAUCACGUGAUCAGUAGUUCUGUAGCUGCACAUUAUUCGUACGUAGAAUCUGGAGUGGUCAUACAGGCGGACAUGAGUAGUCAUUUGAUUAUUUAUGUGUAGAGGAAACAGCACAGUUUGAGAGCAUUAUUUUAUGGAUGCAAUUAUAGAAAAAAAGAUCUUGUUUUAUUUGGACAGUAGAUUUAAUAAACAGAUUACUGUAGGAAACAAUUUAGUUGUGGAGACUGUAAUAAAUGUCAGUUUUGAUAAGUUAUGAAUAAUGUAAUAACUUGUAUUUAAUCUCAUGAGAACAGAUGUUUUGAUGAAUAAAAAUGUAUUCUGCCACUGUGAAGACGUGUUGGUGUUGUCAUGUUUUGUGAAUGAGCAGGGGAGUGGAUGGAUGAAGGUAACUUCUCUUCAACGGGUUUUGUGUGUGACUUUUGUUGGGAUGACGACAGAGGAAAU